AUGGUGAAGUACUGGGGCGAGGAAGAGAACAAAGAGUCUGCGAGUGCGCGGAUUGUGUGCAACACAACACAUAGUUUGCUGAUUGACAGCUUAAAACCCUCUACAAGCUAUGUAGUACAGGUCACAGCCUUUUGGAGUGGACAGGUUGUUAGAGAACAAGUAAAUAUUUCCACGGAGGAAAGGGAUUCCUGUUUUUCAGUUUUGUUGGAAUACAAGCUUAACGUUACUGGCCACAAUGUAUCUGGCAGUGAAAUCCAAGUUUACUGGAAUCCAGUCCCACUUGACACUCAAGGUUAUAGGGUUAAGUACUGGGCCUUGACAGACGGCGAGGACGCUGCAGGUAUCAGAAACGUUUCAAACACGACGCAUAGCUUGUUGAUUGACAGAUUAAAACCCUCCACAGUUUACACGGUGCAGGUGACAGCUCUCUUAACUGGACAAGUCAUUAGGGGUGAAGCAAACAUUUCCACAGAAAAAAGCGGUAUGUGAAAACUUACGAUUUUUGUCAGUUGAUCAAAUAAAAAAUCUAAGCUUCCUGAAUGUGUGUGUAUAACAUAUCAAUCAUUUUACAGCGCUUAGCAUAAUAAUUCCAUAAAUUAAAAAACUCUGUAAAAUGUCAAGGAUGACAAAAACUACCAUAGUUCCACAAUUUUGUCUUUUACUUUUGUUCACUAGAUUAUAAGCUUGACGUCACGGGCCACAAUGUAUCUGACAGUAAGAUACAAGUGUUCUGGAACCCACUCUCACUGGACCUGAUUCAUGGAUACAGCGUUAGGUACUGGGCCCUAGAGGGAGACUGGGUCUCUACAGCUGUUAGAAACGUUUCAAAGACGACCCACAGUCUGUUGAUUGACAGAUUAAGGCCCUCUACAGUUUAUGUGGUGCAAGUGACAGCACUGUUGACUGGACAGAUUAUUAGAGGAGAGGCAAAUAUCUCCACAGACGCCGAGCCAGGUAUGUAUGAGUGGUCCUCGUUUCUGAGUUGUAAAGCAAAUAAUAGGGAGCUUAAGCAACAACGUUUUUGAGCGACGCACGUCAACCGGAAGUGGCCUUUUUUCAUUUUUUGACGGUGGUUUCGCGCAAAUUUUCAGUCAAAUCGCCUCUAUAACAGUAAAGAAGCUAAGGAAUACAAAUUUUAUAUCAUCAAGGUAUGUUAAGAGGGAAAAUACCUCACUUCCGGUUGACGUGCGUCGCUCAAAAACGUCGCUGCUUAAGCUCCCUAAUUAGAAAAUGAAAGCCGGUACUAACAAGGAAUACCUGUACAUUCAUUCAAAAUAUUUGAAAAAUCUAAGCUACCUGUAGGAAACGUUUUAGUGGUGACAUAUUUCGGCAAUACUUCCGGCUAAAAUGGCUGAAAAUAAUGUCAAUGUCACGCUUGAUUAAAGAUACCAUCGAAUUAUAAUGAUGUACCAGAAACUCGGUUAUCAUUACAUAGGACAGGAGCCCUAUUGAUAGGCUCCUGAUAGAACAAAAGGAGCGUAAAUUUGUCUCUUGGUGGAAAUAGAUGGCAACUAAAAUGUACCCCGGUAGUCAAGGACUAUCAGUAUGACUAUAGGACAAAUUAAAGUGUCUAGUAAUAAACUCUAGUAUCACUAAGAUCAAUAAUUAAAAUCAUCAAUCUUUAGCUCCUUGUGAUUCGCCGAACCAGCUUACUACCCGUGACAUCACAGCUACCAGUGCAAUCUUAGAUUGGGUUUACGACGGAGCAUGCGCAGCAGCUGGUUUGGUCACGGGGUACAGAUUAACCUACACAAGUCAUGGAAUUCCCACUGAGUUGGACAUCCCGGAUGGGCAAACCACUGAGACACAGCUAAACCAGCUGACUCCAGAAACAAUCUAUCGGGUUGAAGUAUUAGCCUUAACUUCCGAUGGUAAAAACAGCCCGCCUUCUGACUGGGUGGAGUUUACAACCGAACAUGAUAGUGGUAGGUCGCACAAUUUUGAACCCUUUUCAUGUCGGAGAAAAACAUCUUUUUACUUUCUCAAACCCAUAUUAUUAGAGUGUUUUUUGACUUUACCUUUGAAAUAGAAGGGUUUCACGAUUGUCUCUUGCUAAUUUUGCGCACGGCAUUAUAUUACUUCCGCAGCUUCAGACUUAACUCCCAAUAACCUUCACGCCGUCUUAGUAUUAUCGGAUGCAAUAUCGCUGAGAUGGUCGCUUCCAGAGAAUGACGAGGUCGCGGUCCAUCAAAAUGACUACACUGUUAUGUACCGUCCUGUAACUGGUGGGGCCGAGCGACACGUAACAAUAGAGGGACAUGGAAAGAGAUCGUGUUUUUUGUCCGGACUGAGACCGAAAACCACGUAUCAACUGCGUGUUAAGGCUUCUGGCGCACAUGAAGAUGGGCCUGUGUCACCUUCCAUUAACGUGACAACUCUCGACAGUGGUAGGACUAGCUUAUUAUUGGUAGAGAUAUUUGUGUUUUUCCCAUCGGCGUUAUCAUCGCCAUGAAGGCUAUCGUUUCCAAACAACAAAAUUAACCCCUACGUUUGUUGAAAGAAGUUUAACUAAAUAAAGCUAUAGAGGAAACUCAAAAUUUGACAUGGAGUAAGGAGAAGCUUUUACAGCAAGGAGCCCAAAAGUGUGACCGCUUUUGAGUUACUCACAUUCUUUCGUGCAGAUAUAAUCCAAUCAGAAUCCAGCUGAAAACUGUCCUAGACUUCUUAUUCGUUAAUGUCUGCAUGAAAGAAUGCGAGUUAAUUAAAGGAGGUCACAUUUUAAUGCUCCUUGCUGUAACAAUUACCUCAAAAGAUAUAAGGAAAAACUUAACUUAAAUAACCAUCGCAUUGAUUCUCACCGUGUGAAAUUAGUUCCCAGUGCACCGCCAUCAAACAUAACCAUUAUGGCUUCAACCAGCACGAACCAACUUCCAGUCCAGUGGAAGAAAAUCCCAGAAACUGAAGCCAAUGGUGUUAUAACAGGUAGGUAUUUCGUGUAGGUAUUACGUGUGACUUGGGAACGCAACCGCCACCGCAAACUCAAAACCAUUUCUAUAAAGGUUUAAAUCAAUGCAGCAAAUCUACCCAAUUUCAGUCACCUUUUAAGCGUGUGAAAAGUUUUCAUACUUCUUUUGAUAUUAGCUAGAUAGGAGCGCUGGAAGUAAAAUUCAACAACAAAUCGUAUUACUCCAAAGGAUUUCACAAACUCGAAAAGACAAGAGGUUCAACUCGUCUCCAUAAUUGUUUCAGGGGCAAAGGGAUUAUUAUGUUGAUAAAGGAGAAUUGGCUAGCCUUUAGGAGCUGCCGUUGCCCUUCGAAGGAGACAUUGGUUAAAUACAUCAUAGCGAUAAGAUGAGAUAACACAGAGAUCAACAGUUAUCAUGCAAUAAAACUGAAAUAAGGUAUUUACAAUAACGUCCAUGUAGGCUACCUGGUCAAAUAUCAAGCAGUCAUGGUUGGCGGAAAGAGUGUUGAAGAUGAGCCCGUAAGGGAGAAAAUUGUUGCCGCACACACAUAUUCAGUAACACUUGAUGAUGUACAGAGUUUUACAGCUUAUGACAUCAGGAUAGCAGGAGUUACAAAACGAGGGGAAGGAGUGUAUAGUAAGCAGAUGGUGCAAGGUAAACAGACGUCUAGAAAUCAAAAUAAACACAAUAUAAGGGCUGGAAUUUUUGGCCAGUCCUCCGUAAAGCUAUGACAAUGAAAUCUGCAGGGUUAAAUGCAAGUCGGAAAAUGUCGUGAAAACCAUGGUGACGUCUUUGGACAAAGUCAGCGCGGUCCCACCACCCCAUUCCCCCCCCCAUUAACAAAAAAAUAAAUAAAUGAAUAAAAGAUCAUCGAUAAAGAAUGAGUGGUAUUGAAAGAACUGCUGAAAAGGUGUUUGAAAGUUCACCCCGUAGAGAUUGAUUUACGCAGAACUAAGGCCUCAAAUUAAAUGGCCUAAUUGCCGCUCUCCCUAGUGUAUCAGCGGGCUCAGUUAUUAUCGCGGCAUGAUCCAUAUUUCUCCAAAUUACUUUACAAAAAAAACAAAUUUUUGGGUUUCAAGAGACGUCAUGGCGUUUUGCCACCUGAAUAUUGAAGGUUGCUUGUGCUCAAAAAACGACUAGGGGGGGGUCACGGGCACAAAUUACGCCCCUGAAAUGGCCUAAUUGUACUAUGCAAUUAAGCGCUGAUCCUUCUCCAAAUUACACAAUUUUGUUUCAGAGACGUGCCACUGUGAAAAACGACUAAGCACAAAUUACUGGUUAAAUCCGCCUUACGUCAUCAGCUCAUCCACCAAUCAGAACAUUAGCGGGAUUUUCAUGGAUGUUCUUGACAAGAUGGUACCUCAGUGCUGUGGUGACUGUUACAAUGGUCACGGAAAAUCCGUGAUAGAUUACAACCUGGACGGGCGAAAUAAUUCAGCGAGAAAGGACACAAAGCAAGAUUUAAAUGAGGCCAUAGAUCACCGUAAUGAUCUAACUUUUCCUGUCCACGGUUACACUGACCAGCGGACGUAUUUAGGAAGUUAUAAGUAUGUCCCCGUGGUGGAGACCCCUGGUGCGGCUUUUAUUGUCAAGCAUGAUCGUUUGAAGGCCCCUAUCACCAACGCACUGUUUACAAGCUGGCCUCUUGCCAUUGUCAUUUUAGUAUUUCUUUUGUUGUUCGGAUUCUUGUUUUGGAUGAUGGUAAGCAAUAGGUUUUUUUUAACGAAUCAACCCUUUAAGCCCCAAUCUCCAAAUAAAGAUUCUCCAGAGUGAUCUCCAUACAUUUCCUUAAAGAACUUAGUUGAGAGAAUUUUUGGUCGAAGUACUAAAGACACUUUAUGCAAUUCCAGUGUCCGUUCAAUCGAUUCAUACAAAACUUCACGUAGACUUGCCACUCUGGGUUGAAAAUGAAUUUAUCGCCUCUCAUUUGAAUGUAAGAAAUGUUUUCUACCACAUAAACAAUUAAAACAGAAUAGAAAACAGUAGUAUUUAAGUGCCCUUCGCUGGUAACGAACAAACUUGUGUGUAUAAAAGUAGACGAUGUUUAUUGAACCAUAAAUGUAAUAGGACAGGGCUAACCAAACACUCACAAUA